AUGAGUUUCCCAAGUCCAUUCGACCAAGCCUCGUUCUCGCUGGAGGACUUGCUUUCUUCCGCACCACCAGUAGAACUGCCCCCACUGUUGGAGGGCCCCGUCCAAGUUAAUGAACCUGCCGGCGUUUCUCCGACGCCGACGAACCACAGCGACCAAGCUCAACUAACGCUCGGAACGACGCCUGCGAAUCAAAAGAAGAAAAAGCGCGUGCGACGCGAAGUGCGAGAGCUCAAGAAUCUCCGUGAACAGGCCCGUGAACUCGAAGUGAGACUGGAACAACUUAAGAUACGGGUGCCUGCCAGCGGUGGACUCUCUUCUGGCCGAACCUGCAACACCGAUGUAACAGCUCCGUCGGUAUGGGAGAAGAUAGCGCAACGUCAGCUUAAAGAGAGGCUUCACGUCGAGCAUAUCCAAGACGAACCCAAGGCGGAGUGCACCGCUCAUGCGAAGCUUGUGCUCGACCUGGUGAAGCGGCUCAAGUUGUGUGGGAAGGAUGCAAGGGUGUGUGCUAUGGUGAGGCAGAAACCUGCCCGGUUGUGGGACUUGUUCUCGACAGACACAGACACCGCUGGGAUAUUUGCAGAGCAGCUCACGCAAGUAUCGAAAGCGUAUCUGAAGAUGCAGCAGCAAUGUUUACCCCGAGCGAAACGCUGCAACCCACGGCGGAUCUCUCUCAAGGAGUGGAGGUCAGAAGACCAGAUCCCAACGUCGAUGCAGGGGCUCUACUGGAGAAUCUCAGCGUACGAGGCAUUCCAUCGUCAAGGGUCUGUUCAACAGGAUUGGGACAUGGACAGCGACGUCGUAUCGACACCAUUCGCCUUGCGUGUCAACUGUGAUGGCUUCACAGCAAGUGACCGGGGCAUGCAAACCUGCAGGCGAUAUAUUCAUGAAGACAGCGAGAUCAUCGUGUGGGCAGGAUAUGCCGAUCCCGUCGAGUUCAACGGCGCCAAGUUUUCGGGCAUGCAAUGCCGAAAAAUUGGUUGGAUCAAGCUGCAACGGGUACCUGGACUACCCACGAUUUCGACUGCGGUAGAAAUGUACUCGGAAAUGACUCCGUAUUCAAAGACGGAGUGA